UAUAUAUACACACUCUGGAGUUCCAGCUUAUAAACAAACAAAACAAAUUAAAUAAGAAAUGGAAUUGAAGAUGUUGAGAAAUUUAAUUAUUUUGUGCUUCUUUUCACUACCAAUUAUAACAAUACUACCUUAUCAAGCAUUCGCCUCCAGCCGCGGCGUUUCUCUUCCACAUGAAUUCCGCGGUGGUGCGCCACUGGCCGGAGCAUGCUCCGCCGCCAUCUCCGUGCACGGUUACAAGUGCCAGGAAUUCGAAGUGACUACUGAUGAUGGGUACAUAUUAAGCGUGCAGAGGAUUCCGGAGGGCAGAGGCGGCGGUGGUGGUGGGCCGAACCGGCCACCGGUUUUAUUGCAACAUGGGGUUCUUGUGGAUGGGAUGACGUGGGUGAUGAAUUCUCCAGAAGAGUCGCUGGCGAUGAUAUUGGCGGAUAAUGGGUUCGAUGUAUGGAUCUCCAACAUCAGAGGAACCCGGUUCAGCCGCCGCCAUCUCCUCCUUGAUCCUUCCAAUCCUGAAUACUGGAACUGGACAUGGGACGAUCUGGUAACGCACGACUUACCAUCGGUGAUCGAGUUAGUUUUCAAACAAACCGGUCAGAAAGUUCACUACGUCGGCCACUCAAUGGGAACUCUAAUAGCACUGGCAUCAUUCUCACAAGGAAAACAAGUAGACAAAGUAAAAUCAGCUGUUUUGUUAAGCCCAAUUGCCUAUCUCAGUCAUAUGACCACUGCUCUCGGAGUUCUCACUGCCCGAGCUUUUGUUGGUGAAAUCACUACAAUAUUCGGACUUGCAGAAUUCAAUCCCAAAGAGGAGCCAGUAGCCAACUUUCUGAAAGCAAUGUGUGCCAGUUCUGGUAUUGACUGUUAUGAUUUAAUGACUGCAGUUACAGGAAAGAACUGUUGUCUCAAUGCAUCUACCGUUGAGCUUUUUCUGAAGAAUGAACCCCAAUCCACUGCAACUAAGAACCUUGUCCAUUUGGCUCAGACUGUUAGAGACGGUACCCUGUCCAAAUACGACUACGGAAAUGCAAACUUCAAUAUGUUGCACUACGGACAAUCGAAGCCUCCAGUCUAUGACUUGGCUAAAAUCCCACACGAUCUUCCCAUCUUCAUAAGCUAUGGGGGACAAGAUUCACUUGCGGAUGUUAAGGAUGUUGCCACAUUGCUCGAUAGUCUUAAACUACAUGACGUGGAGAAGCUGCAUGUGCAGUACAUCAAGGAUUUUGCGCACGCCGAUUUUAUUAUGGGGGUUACGGCCAAGGAUAUAGUUUACAAUCAGAUUAUAGCAUUUUUCAGAAACCUGCAUUGAUGAUUAUUAUAUAUAUUAUUGAUUUUGGGAGUGGUUGGUUUGUGCAUGUGUGUGUAAGAGAACUACUCUUGUCAGAAUGUGAAUCAACCAUUCCCAGAAGAUUAUUCAGAUAUAUAAAGCUUAGUAUUAAUGGUUUUAAUUA